AUGAAGCUGGAUCGAGUUUUAUGGGGACAGAAAGUCAUCCUGAUUCCCUACGGGAGACAACAUGUCGACAAAUAUCACAGGUGGAUGCUGGACCCUGUUCUCCAAAGACUUACGGGAUCCGAACCUCUAACGCUGGAAGAAGAAUACGAGAUGCAGAUCACCUGGAACACCGAUUCUGACAAGUGCACCUUCAUAAUCCUGGAUCGAGCCGUCUUCGCCAGGACUUCCGAUGAGGUUGAAGCAAUGAUCGGUGAUAUCAAUCUUUUCUCGCAAACAAAUGAUCGGUCCGGAGAGGAGCGUUUGUUUGAACUCGCAGAAUGCAGCGUGAUGAUCGCCGAGGAAUCGUCACGGAAAAAAGGCUUCGGGAGAGAAGCCAUGUUCCUGAUGCUACGGUUCGCCAUCGACGAGCUCGCGAGCAAGAGCUUCGUCGCCAGAAUCAAGACGGACAACGUCGGGUCCCAAGAAAUGUUCUUGAAAAUGGGUUUCAAGAAAGUCUCCGUUAGCCAAGUAUUUCAAGAAAUUACGUUCAACGCCGACGUUCGUGACGUCCUAGAAAAAAUUGAAAAUUACAAUUUGCUGUACGACGCCUCGACUUACGACGAGUUCCGGUUAAUGUCGAAACAAUAA